CAGCGGAAAAAAAAGCAGCUCUGUUUUGAACGGCCGGUUACUAUAACCGAUCACCGGCAGCUUCCGUUACCGGCGGAAGAAUUAGAAAAGUUUUCAGCUUUAAGUCGUCCGUUUUAAAGGGUUUCCAAAUAUGCAAUUAAUUUUUAUUUUUUUAACUCUAUUUAUUGUUAAUAAGAAAUUUAUUCUUGUGUAAAUGCAAGAUUUAGAGUUCCUAAUUCUGAAAUUGUAUCUAAUAUUCAUUUGCGACAAAGAUACAAACUUUUUAGCCAAAAAUAAUUGCUACCCAUGUAGAGAAAUGCAGUUAAUUUAGCCUACAAAAAGCUUAAGAAUUUUUUUAUAAAGAAUUCCAUUUUAAUGGCGACUAAAGGGUAUUUUAUGUCAAACCAGAUGCAUCAGCAACACAAUUUCUCAGCUGAAGUUUCAGGUGAAGAUGAAUUGUACCCAGAGUUAUGGAGAUUGUGUGCAGGUCCAUUAGUGAAUGUUCCAAAAAAUGAAGAAAGGGUUUAUUAUUUCCCACAAGGUCACAUGGAACAAUUGGAGGCAUCAACGAAUCAGGAGCUGAAUCAGAGAAUACCAAUGUUCAAUCUGCAAUCGAAAAUCCUUUGCCGCGUUCUUCACACUCAACUUCUGGCUGAGCAAGAUACUGAUGAGGUUUAUGCCCAGAUUACUUUGUUGCCAGAAGCAGAUCAAGUUGAGCCAACUAGUCCAGAUCCAUCCCCUCCUGAGCCUCCGAGGCCCAAAGUUCAUUUCUUCUACAAGGUUCUAACUGCAUCCGAUACGAGCACUCAUGGUGGAUUUUCCAUUCUCAGGAAACAUGCUAAUGAAUGCCUGCCUCCCCUGGACAUGACGCAACAGAUUCCAGCACAGGCUUUGGUUGCCAAGGACCUUCAUGGUUUCGAGUGGCACUUUAAACAUAUAUUUAGAGGCCAACCCCGGAGGCAUUUGCUUACCACAGGGUGGAGUACCUUUGUUUCCUCAAAGAGAUUAGUUGCAGGGGAUUCUUUUGUAUUCUUGAGGAGUAAAGAAGGUGAAGUUCGAAUAGGGAUUAGAAGGCUUGUUCGCCAACCGAGCUCAAUGCCACAAUCAGUGAUUUCAAGUCAGAGCAUGCACCUAGGAGUGUUAGCUACUGCAUCUCACGCUGUUGCGACCCAGACCAUGUUUGUCGUUUAUUACAAACCGAGAACAAGUCAGUUUAUCGUAGGCCUAAACAAAUAUCUUGAGGCUGUUAAUCAUCAGUAUUCAGUUGGCAUGAGAUUCAAGAUGCAUUUUGAAGGGGAAGAGAGCCCUGAAAAAAGAUUUACAGGCACCAUAGUAGGAGUUGAAGAUAGUUCUUCGCAGUGGAAAGAUUCUAAAUGGCGAUCAUUGAAGGUUCAAUGGGAUGAAUCUGCAUCUGUUUCAAGACCUGACAGGGUUUCUCCUUGGGACAUCGAACCAUUUGUGGCAUCAGUCACUACUCCUCUCAUUCAGCCAAUGGGAGUGAAGAAUAAAAGGCAUCGAGCACAUAACGAACCCAAAGCUUCAGAACCUGCUCCCGCAGCUGCACAAGCCGUUUGGAUUCCUUCACCGCAAUUUAACCUUGUUGUUGAAGGACAAAGUGGUGAUAAUCCAUUUUCCUUGCAUACUUCACAAUCAAAUACAACUACCACUAACAGUACUUUUAAGGCUCGUGUAGAUGGAAUUUGGUCAGCUUCUAAAGUGAAUGCUUCUUUGAAUAUGCUUUUGGAUGAGACAGAAGCCAGUAAAAGUGCUUCAUCUCGGCCUGCUUUUCCAAGCUUUGCGUCCUCACAAUUCAGAAAGCAGAAUGAUCUCCUGCUUCCUAGUCUAGACGAUGAGAGAAAAUGUGAUACAAUUACAUCCUGUAGAUUGUUUGGUAUUGACUUGAAAUGUCCCUCAUUCGGUUCAGUUAUGGAGUGCCCGCCUCUAAAACCAGCCAACAAUUCCGAUGGCUCUGCUGAAGGGUGCUCUGGAAACAAGACUUCUGCUGGUGAUUCAGAAGACAGCUCUGGCCUUUCAAGAGAUUCCGAAGAUCAGAAACAAGAGCAGUUGAAUCCGCCACCAAAGGAAUUUCACAUCAAGCAGAUUUCUUCCACCAGAAGUCGCACCAAGGUUCAAAUGCAAGGAAUAGCUGUGGGACGUGCUGUGGAUUUAACAAAACUGAGUGGAUACGAUGAGCUCAUAAAAGAACUCGAAGAGAUGUUCGAUAUCCAGGAAGAGCUCCACACACGAAAUAAAUGGGAGAUUGUUUUUACAGAUGAUGAAGGUGAUAUGAUGCUUAUGGGCGAUCAUCCUUGGCCAGAGUUCUGCAACGUUGCGAAGAGGAUCUUCAUUUGUUCUAGUCAAGACAUGAAAAGUUUCAAUGCAGGAAUCAAAUCGCCGUCUUGUUUAGAAAAUGAAACAACUGUUUCAACAUGAAAAUUUGGAAGAGAAUAAAGGUAUCUGCAAUCUUCAAUAAUAAUGCUUAGAGGACGAGACUCUAUGUCGUCUUGUUGGAUAAGCUUGACAACAAGCAUAGAGUUGAAUCUUUCUGCAUCAAUUUAGUGAAGGAGUUAGUAUUAGAAGCUUGUGUAUGUGUAAUUAAUGAUUCUGGUGGAAGUUUGAUUGUUGUAUCUCUUUAGCUGUAAUUAUUCAAGUGGGGUUGUGCAACAGGAAAAACUUACUUACACUGAGUGUUUGUGUAAAAUCAAUAAGUAUAUGCGACGUAUAUUCUAUAUAUACGUGUUUAUCGCUUAAAUUUGGUUGA